GGUCGACUCUCUCGCAACACGAAUCAAAAGGUUGAUCUUCUCUCUCAGCUGUUGAAUUCGAAUCAUGAUAGAAUCCACCGCUCCAAGAAGCUCAAGAAUCUGCUCAAUAUCAAAAAUGAGCUUCUUCAGUACAGUAUCUGCAUCGCAAAAUGUACGAAUGGCCAUCUUAGUCGCGACACCCUUCCAUGCGUAUAGCAUGGCGCUGAUGCUGAGUUGGUUACAAGCACGUUCGCCAUAAAAUCGGAUUUCUUGUAGAUUGGCAGUGACGAGGCUUCGUUGUGUGGCUUGGUCGUACAUGAACUCGAUGACUUUUGGCCGACCUUUAGCCUCCCAUCCAUCGACUGUUUUCUUGAUGGAAUCCACCGUCAAUCGACCUUGACCAAAUUGGAUCAUGAGGAACUUGUUGGCCGUAUGGACAAUCAUGAGUUCAAGCUCCAUCAGGAUUCUUGCUUGCUCAGCGGGUGGAAGAGAAAUGGAAGGAUGAUAGUUCUUGUCGUGGAUAUUUCGGGGAACCCUCUUGGGAGUCAUGUCUGCUUUCUCAGCCUAAACAAAUCAGCAUGGUAUCUCUUGGAAGGAAUCAGCACAACUCACGAUUUCUCCAAGCUUGCUCUUGAGUUUGUCCAUCAUGCCAGGUUUCUUUCGACUAUCUGAGGACCUGCUGACGCUUCGAUUACUCGAGAGUUUCUUGGGACUUUGCUUGACGUUGGUCGCUUCUUCCGGUGUGACUCCAAAAAAGCCCUUCUCGCCAAACAACUUCUUCAUUGGGGAGCGAGAUCUCUUUUUUGGACUACGAUCAGGACUUGGGCUUCUGAUAAGGGAAUCGGUCUCUUUUCUGGCAUAUCUACCAUUUGCCUCGUCUCUCUCAUAUACAGUCUCAGGAGAUUUGUUGGGUGAGCUGGUUUGGUGACGGUCAUACGGAGAUGAUAUGGGCGAUACUUGUUGGACCUGAGAGUGAGCUUUUGUGCCAGUUGGUAAGUACGCGCGCGUAUAGCCUUGUAAGGUGGUUGCUUGAGAUUCAUAAAGUAUAUCUCUACGACCUCUUGUAGGCGUGCUCUGGCUAUUGUAAUGGUUUUGAUGAAAGUGUCGUGGCGAUGCGCGUCCAUUGGAUUGUUGGCGAUCACGAUGAACGGUGUCUUCAUUUGUAUUGCGGCGGACUGGCGACGUGGAUUUGCACUCUCCAUGUGAACGAUCAUUGCGCUGUGGUGACGCAGUCCUACGUUUGCCUUCAACUUUGCGGUUACUGCUGCGAGCUGCUGAUGGCCCAGCUACAGGUUCACCUCUGUGAAGUUGUUCAAGUGCAGGUGGCCAGACAGUUCCAUACUCUCCGUAGGUACUGCGGACGGGAGAACUUUCAAUUGGUGUUACCAAGGCUCUAUACUCUGCUGCCUUACGCUGCAGUGCUGGUGAUGGCUGUUCUACCGCCCAGUCCAUGGAAGAUAGUUCGGGGGUGGAAGGACAUCGUUGAAGUUCAUAACCUGUGAUAUCUUCUGCGUUGAGUGGGCUUGGUCGAGGUCUCGUUGUCUUCUUCUCUUCCUGGGAGUGAGAGUUCUUGAAAUGGCCCAUUCGUGGAGUGGAGUACGAGGCUGGUGAGCUUCCAGGUCUCUGGAUGAAGUCGGUAAUUCGAGUUUGACGAGAUUCACGAAUAAGAGGAGAAGCAGGAUCGAACUCGUAUGGGUUGAUAUGGACUGCGACUUGGUUGGAUCUGGAUCGGUUUCAUGGUCAGUAUCUUGACAGGAAUGUUUGUUUGAAAGUCGAAAACGCGUCGCCAACUUACGGUUCAGGUGGUGCGAUGACCUUCUUUGGUCUCAAAGAUAAAGUCCAAGCUUGGGACUCAACAGGUACAAAGUCUCCCAUGAUGGCUGAAGAGGAAUCGGAGCGGUCUCUUGCCUUGUCGCUCGAAACUGAAUAAGUGGAUGCGCUGCCUUCGGGCUUGGGAGAAUCUUUGGCGACAAUACCACUGAAGUAUGUCUGUACACAAUCGCCGAGUGCAGAAUACGCGUUAUUUGCAAGAGCAGGAGUAUAUUCAGCCAUGUUUUCGAGAUCCUCGCGGUCUUUUUGGUGUGGUUGAGAAAAACGUGCGCCUGUUCGAGCCUGGUAUGCUAUAUGCCGCUCACAUGGGUCAUCUCGUUGACUUGGCUGUUUGCGAAGUUGUAGUGGUCUAACUGGCGAAACCUCUCUAUGCAGGUUGGAAUUUUCCUUUGAGGCCAUCAUGCGAGAUGCAACUUGUGAAAGUGAAAUCAAGUUGCGAUUGUGGUGUUGGUAUUGUUUGUUGAAGUAUUGUCCAUGGUCUAUUGAUGUUUUUAUGAUUACGCAAUUAGGACGUGGUUGACUUCUCGCUUCACGACCUCUGGGCUCCCCAGCAACGAGCUCUUGUCGGACCCUUAUCAAUUUUCACUUUGGAUAUAUCUCAUUGGCCACAGAAAAGGAUGCAUUUUCAUAUUCACUUCUACGUUGGCCCCAUUCUUUUGUGCCUACUCCGACAGCCACCACCCACUGACUCUAUCUCAUGUUAUGAAAAAAGCACGUCUUGUCAUACUGAGAAACGCAAGUCUUCCGACGCGCCCAACUCUGGUAAACUGAACUUUGAUCUCUAUCUAGAUAUUCAAAUCCUCUUAGGGUCGGAGGCUCUUCUCUUGGAACGACGUUGGCUUCACACAGUUUCCUGCGACUUUCCUGCAAAUUUCCUAGGCGCAAUCGGUUUCUCUGUCGCAGGAUAGACGGUGCAUCUAUCUUCUUAAUAGCACUCUCAAGCUCAAGGUACUGUAAUCCAGACCCAUCCACUAUCGUACUUAGCAAAGCUUACAAAUAACAGAUGGCCUCACUGCGAAAACCCCAUAAAGUGUUAAGACAAGAAAUCUUUGAACUUUGUCUUGUUGAGAAUCCACCAUCUGAGCUAUACCACCAGAUUACGCACCACGCCAGCCCAGCCCUCCUAAUUGCUCUUCGAGGAGAAGAAGACCUCUACAAAGAGGCUCUUUAUGUCUACUACAAGGAAAAUGUGAUGUACCUGCAAAGCGUACCUCUUGGAUGCCCCCAAGACAUUACAGAGAAGGGACACACUGCUGUUGAAAGUAUCCGCCACCUUGGGUUUGACAUAAAGUAAGCCUUUCGCUAUUGUGUCUUCUUCCAAAUAGGUGGGAGGGGGGAGAGGCGGGCGGCUGUUUUAGAAUAGCACAUUUACUUACAGGACCAAUAGCACUGUUACCAGCUUUUUCGUAGAAGUUUCGGGUCUCCAAGGUUAUCCUGUAAACAGUGUCGAAACCAUCCGGCUCAAUGCUUCUCACAAUGAUACUACUGUACUUUCCAUUGGCCGUGGUGUACGCCAACUCGGAUUGUACGCAAGUACACUGAAGCAAUUCAGUCUCAAUGUUACGGUAUCAAAUGUCAUCCAACCCGUAAGCGAGAGGGUGAUCCAGCAAUGGAAGAGGAGGAACGAGCAAUUGCUCGUGGAGAUUGACCAGAUCUUUGGUGUAGAGCGGAGAGAGGUGGUGCUGCCAGUUUCGUGGCUGCCGGGGUGGCCAACCUCUCUCCAAUCUGGCGUUAAUUAUACCUGGGAGGCGGGAUCUGGAUAGGUUUUGACGUAUAAUGGUGUUAAAUAAGGGGGAGUAUAGUCUGUAGGAAUAUUGUAGCUACG